AUGAAGAACCUCAAUGUGAACCUCCGCAGCUGCGUGCGGACCUACUGCAGUAAAGGUAACCCGUUUGAGAAGCUCCAGAGGAAGAUGGGCCAAGGGGAGCUCACUUACUACGACCUUAACGAGAUGAACGACAGCAGGAUAAGAAGCUUGCCCUACUCGAUUCGAAUUUUGCUCGAAUCGGCUGUCCGCAACUGCGACAAUUUGAAGGUUACUGAGGAUAAUGUGGAAACGAUUCUAUCAUGGAAGGAUAAUUGCCGGAAAAAGAAGGAGGUGCCAUUUAUGCCUGCGAGGGUCCUUCUGCAGGAUCUGACCGGCGUGCCCUGUAUAGUCGAUUUGGCAACCAUGAGAGAUACGGCCGCCAUGCUGGGAGGAGAUGCUGAUAAAAUCAAUCCACUCAUUCCAGUCGAUUUAGUAAUAGACCACUCUGUACAAGUGGAUCAUAGUAGGAGCCCCGAAGCAAGAGAAUUAAAUGAAAAAAAAGAAUUCGAAAGAAAUUUGGAGCGAUUUAAAUUCCUAAAGUGGGGAAUGCACUCAUUUAAAAAUAUGUUAAUAUUGCCACCCGGUUCCGGGAUAGUGCACCAGAUAAAUUUAGAAUAUUUAGCGCACUGUGUUUUUAACAACAAUGGAGUGCUUUAUCCAGACAGUUUAGUUGGGACCGAUUCUCACACUACGAUGAUAAACGGGUUAGGUAUCUUAGGCUGGGGAGUGGGAGGCAUAGAAGCAGAAGCAACCAUGUUAGGUCUUCCCAUAUCAAUGACUUUGCCAGAGGUGGUAGGGAUAAAUGUCGUCGGGAAGUUAUCCGACCAUUUGCUAAGUACGGAUGUGGUUCUUUACAUCACAUCUUUCUUAAGAAAGGAAGUCGGAGUGGUAAAUAAAUAUGUGGAAUUUUUUGGGCCCAGUCUGAAAGAUUUAAAGCUAGGAGAUAGAGCAACUAUUGCGAAUAUGGCCCCGGAGUAUGGGGCGACUGUCGGUUUCUUUGGCGUGGAUGAUACUACCUUGGAGUAUUUGAUACAAACGGGUCGAGAUAGGGAGAAGGUAAACCUGAUUAGGGAAUACCUAGUAAAGAACUCUCUAUUUAAUAAUUACACGGAUCACAUAGAAUACACCGAUGUGUACACACUUGAUUUGUCCAAAUUGAGCUUGUCUGUGUCUGGACCGAAGAGGCCACACGAUAACGUGCUUCUAUCCGACUUGCACACAGAUUUUAGCUCCUGUCUGAAAUCCCCAGUGGGGUUCAAAGGGUAUAACAUUCCACAGAAGGAUAGAGAAAAAGUAAUUUCGUUCUCCUAUAAGGAUGAGAAGACGUAUACUCUUACUCAUGGCAGUGUAGUCCUCGCUGCCAUCACGUCGUGUACCAACACGAGUAACUCCUCUUCCAUGAUAGCAGCUGGGUUGUUGGCGAAGAAGGCCGUAGAACACGGAAUUGAGCCAAUCCCCUAUAUUAAAAGUUCCCUUUCCCCGGGGUCCAAAACGGUGCAGAAAUAUCUGGAAGCAGGGGGGCUACUCCACUAUUUAGAAAAACUAGGCUUCUAUAAUGUCGGCUUCGGAUGCAUGACGUGCAUAGGAAACAGCGGACAUCUAGACAAGGAAGUGGAAGACGUUAUCAAUGAAAAUGACUUGAUCUGUUCCUCAGUCCUGUCAGGCAAUCGAAACUUCGAAGGAAGGAUACACCCACUGGUAAAGGCAAAUUACCUUGCUUCCCCAGUGCUAGUCGUACUGCUAAGCCUGAUAGGAAACGUCAACGUCGAUGUCGCGUCUUAUGCGUUUAUUACAAAAGGGGGACACCAAAUUAAAGCCCUUGAUUUGAUUCCCAAGAAGGAAGAAAUCAAUGCGUAUGAGCAGCAGUACCUCAAAGCGCAAAUGUACACAGAUAUAUAUAAAAACGUGAAAUAUGUGAACAAGUACUGGAAUGAUAUAAAGAUAAAGCAAGACAAACUGUACGAAUGGGAUUUAAAUUCGACGUAUAUUCAUAAGCCCCCUUUUUUUGAUAACAUGAAAUUGGAUCCAGAAAAAAUCCACGACAUUAAGAAUGCACAUAUGCUGCUACUCCUUGGGGAUAGCAUCACCACAGAUCAUAUCUCCCCAGCUGGGAUGAUCCAUAAAAGUUCCGAAGCGUAUAAAUUUUUGAAGUCAAAAAAUAUAAAAGAUGAAGAUCUCAAUACGUAUGGAGCGAGGAGAGGAAAUGACCAAGUCAUGGUACGAGGGACCUUUGCUAACAUCCGAUUGAUAAACAAAUUGUGCCCUGAUAAGGGACCAAAUACCGUACACAUCCCUUCUAAACAAAUCAUGUCUGUUUACGAAGCCGCUAUGAAAUAUAAACAAGACAAUAUAGACGUUAUCGUCGUUGCUGGGAAGGAAUACGGGUGUGGUAGCUCUAGAGAUUGGGCAGCCAAAGGGUCCUACCUCCUUGGAGUGAAAGCAAUCUUAGCCGAGUCCUUUGAGCGUAUCCACAGAAGUAACCUUAUCGGCAUGAGCGUCCUUCCCUUGCAAUUUUUGAACAAUGAAAGUGCUGCUCAUUACAAUAUGGACGGCACGGAGACUUUCUCCAUUGUGCUGAAUGGGGGGGAGCUGCGACCCCAGCAGCACAUACAGGUCCAGAUGACCCAGCGGGGCAAGACCACCUCCUUCGACGUUCUGUGCAGAAUCGACACAGAGAUCGAGGUCAAGUAUUUUAAGCAUGGUGGCAUAUUGAAGUACGUCUUGCGGUCCCUCGUGAAGGGGUAG